AUGGCCUUAUCACAUUUGUUCAUCCUCUUUGUUGCAACACUUGUUGUUCUCGCGACUUCAGUUUCUGCUACGGAAUACAUUGUUGGUGAUGUAAGUGGAUGGAGUCUCGACUUUGAUUAUCAAACCUGGACAAAGGAUAAAGUUUUCGCCGUUGGAGAUACACUUGUGUUCAAUUAUGCGUCUGGUACCCACAAUGUGGUGAAAGUUAACGGCACUGGCUUCCAACAAUGUAGUGCUACAUCUAACAAUGGAACCUUGACAAGUGGACGAGAUGUCAUCCCCCUUCUAACACCGGGAAGGAAAUGGUACAUUUGUAGUAUCGCAAAGCAUUGUGAGUUGAGAGGCAUGAAGCUUGCCAUCACCGUGUUACCACAAACAAUGGCUCCAGCUCCAAGUCAAUCUGCCUCGAGCACCUUGGCAACUCCAACAACCUAUGCCUGCCUAGUUGCAUUCUUGAGCGGUCUUGCUUUGCUAUUUGUUUAA